UAUGCAACUGCCUAGAUACCUACAUAAUCCCAUCACAAAAACUUAUCACUUUACGAUUGGCUACCAGGAUGUUCCUAUGACUUAAUCAGGUUUAAAGUUAAUUUGCUUCCCACUUAACCACCUAACUAUGUGAAGUAACGUAUUCCUUGUACCUACCUAGGUACCUUAGGUACCUAUUCACGUACUGCGCCGUCAGGCGGGAGGUCAGCCCCGCAGCCCUUUUAACAACCUAGUAGAACCCCCGCCCUUUUCUGCCUUGGGGGACCCUCCCCACUUGCCCGCAUACACUUAAGAGCUUCUGCAAGUGCUACUACUAGGACGUAGGUUACCUAUUGCCUAUCUCACCUACCAGGCCUACCUGAACCUACCUAACCUACGUUAUUACCUACUUCUACUCCGACGCUGGAACCCAAAACCAGUCAAGACGCGCCCAGAAACUGUCAACUCUCAACUUCUGCUCAACAACAUCUUAUUAUUUCCCAAUACUCAGUCCGAAGUCCAUUCAAACCAUCAAUCCCAUUAAUACGACCCCAACCUAUGAGACGCUGGUAAAAAAAAAAAAAAAAUCAUGGCGGACCAGUCCAUCAUCCGCAUCACCAAGGAAAUUGGUGAGCUCCAAAAGAGCUCAGACCUAUCCCUCGCCGUAGCUUUUAGAGAUCGCGACGUCCGUAGCGUCAAGGCCCUGAUUAUUGGUCCUCACGAGACUCCGUACGAGUUUGGAUUCUUUGAGUUUGCUGUUAAGUUUAACAAAGAUUACCCACGAAAGUCACCGAACGUAACUGGAACGACAACAAACAGUGGACGCUGUCGAUUCAACCCGAACAUAUACGCCUCAGGAAAAGUAUGCCUGUCAAUCCUUGGAACAUGGCGUGGAGAGCGAGGGGAGGAGUGGUCCGCCGCUCAAGGUCUAGAAUCCAUACUUCUAUCCAUACAAAGCCUCAUGUCGUCCAAUCCUUACGAGAACGAGCCGGGUUUUGAGGAUGCAAACGAGUCGCACGAUAAGAAGAACCAGAAGGAGUACAUCGCAAAGAUUCGGCACGAGACGUUACGUAUUUCUGUCAUUCAACGGCUAGAAGAGUACCUGGGCAUCACAGGCAGUUGCCUCGAACCCCCCACUCCAACGGAGCGUGAUGAAUACGACCUUGACAUGGACGACGAUAUCGAUAUUGACGAUGCGAGCGUUCCUUGGGAGCCGUUUAAGGACCUUUGCAAGCGUCGAUUCCUCUGGUAUUAUGAUUCGUAUCUAGAAACGAUCAAGAAGGCAAAGGAAGAGGUUAAGGAUGGUCAACCCUUUGUCCGCAUGCCCUUCGAGGGUACAUCCAACACUAUGGAUGGCAAGUUCAACUACACUGAACUUGAACAAAGAAUACGUCGCAUUAAGGCUGUUUUAGAUGCUGAGCCGGAGAAAUGGGCAGUUGAGGGGGUCUCUGCCAGGAUGAAAGACGCCACAGUAUCAGUCAACCUUACGCGACAGUACGAACAGAUCAGAGAGUCCUUCAAGCGGAGCGAUGUUCCUCAUAGCAUUGAGCUGGUGAACGAAAAUCCAUUCGUCUGGAACUUAACGUACUUUGGUAGACCAAUGACGAACCUGGAUGGUGGUAUGUUCCGUAUCAAGCUCAAUUUCAGUCCCCGCUUCCCUGAAGAACAACCGAGAAUCAAGUUCUUGACAUCAAUGUUUCAUCACCGGAUCGCAGCGGAUGGUACACCAUGCUACUUCCCUAACCCCAAUCGCCGAGAAGAUAUUAAACAACAUAUCGACGCGAUUAUCGAGGCUUUAGAGGAGGAGCAACCCCCCUACGAUCCGAGAACUCUAGUGCACCCUGAAGCACACAAGUUGUAUUGGGGAAGUCCCGACGAAAGGAAGACGUAUAACAGACAACUACGCAGAUCGGUGCAGAGAAGUAUGGAAGAUUUCUAAUAUGUCCAUGACACACAAUAUUAUAGAUGGUAGGGUCUAGGUGGUUUGCGAUUUGUUUUCUCCAGUUAUUUAGGAGUUUUCCCAUCAACAGAAGAUAAUAACGUUGAGCAUGGUUGGUGUAUUUACGGAAGCCCUUGCAAGUCUGUCUUCUCAAAUUCCUAGGUAGGAUCGGUGGACAUUAAGGCUCAACGAUGGCUUUCUCAAGGCAUAAGAUUCGGUACGUCAUCGAGAUUGAUGGCUUCUAGACUAGGAUUGAUACCUCUUCUGCUUUCACGGGCUACAUGACAAAUACGAUGAAUUAAAUAAAAAAUGCAAACGCGAUGAACAAUCAU